CUAUCACUCUCUUGAGCCUUUUUUUUCCAAACACGUCAGUGGCUCAGUAUGCUCAUCAACAACUAGUUAGUAGAUAGCUAUUCAUUUACACUCAACAAGAACCAAAGUGAUCCUUUCUCAAUCAACUCUACCUCAACUUCAUCAUUGACAUACUAAGUGAGAUAACACAAAUUCUUAAAAAAAAUGGGAGAAAUUAUAAGCAACAAAUUCGUGACAAUAAAACAUCACAUAGAUGGAGCACCAAAGGAGGAAGAUUUUGAGCUCAUUACUGCAAAUAUUAGCAUAUCUUCUAUUGAGGCAGACUCCUCCAACUUUGUCCUCGUCAAAUGUCUUCAUGUUUCCAUUGAUCCAUACCAGCUUAACCGCAUGAAGGAAUAUAGCCCUUCUCAAAAUUCGAUUUACCAGGCUAAUAAAUUGGUUCCUGGCAAGCCAAUUAAUGGAGCAGGAAUUGGUAAAGUCAUGGUUUCGAGGCAUCCUGAAUUUCAAAAGGACGACAUAGUUUCUGGGAUGUUGAGUUGGGCAAAUUAUGUGAUGGUGGAGGAUGUCAAGUUAUUGAAAAAAUUAGAUCCAAUGGGAUUUCCCUUGUCAUACCAUGUUGGAAUUCUUGGGGCUUGUGGGCUGGCAGCAUAUGCUGGAUUUAUUAGUUUGAGCAAGCCGAAGAAGGGGGAGAGGGUGUUUGUAUCAACUGCUUCAGGAGCAGUGGGAAAUAUAGUAGGACAAUACGCAAAGUUACUAGGUUGCUAUGUCGUUGGAUGCGCAGGAACCCCUGAAAAGGUUGCUUUACUGAAGGAAAAGCUUGGGUUUGAUGAUGCAUUCAAUUACAAAGAAGAGAGCGACUUCAAUUUAGCUCUUAAAAGAUACUUUCCAGAAGGAAUUGACAUAUAUUUUGACAAUGUGGGAGGAGAAAUGCUAGAAGCAGCAGUUGCAAACAUGAAUACUUUUGGUAGGGUAGCUGUAUGUGGGGUGAUAUCUCAGUACACUGAUCUUACAGGAAGAAGGGCUGCUCCUGACAUGAUCAACGUCAUUUAUAAGCGAAUCAUCAUCCAAGGAUUCUUGGCUACAGAUUAUAGAGAUGAACAGAAUUUUGCCGAUUUUGUAUCAACAACAACUAGCUAUCUUCGUGCAGGUCAAAUGCAAGUUCUUGAAGAUAUCUCUUUUGGACUUGAGAGUAUACCUUCAGCUUUUGUGGGUCUCUUUUGUGGGCGUAACAUUGGCAAGACCAGUGUUCAAAUUGCAGAGGAUUAAGUAGUUAAAUGACUUUGUUAUUGUAAUUCACAAAUCACAUGAAUAUGUUAUGCAGAGUGCAGUUUCCAAGCUCCUAAUAGUCUCCCACGCCCUUCUCGUUCCUUUUUAGAAGUGAAUUUCUUUUCUGGUUUUUCCUAUACUACUUUAGUAUGUUUAUAGGGUGUCAAACACAAAUGAAGAACCUUUAUAUAUUGUUUGCGAGCAAGUUUUCUCAGUGUGAGUAUCAUUUCCAAUUUUAAGGUUUGUGUAAUUGUGUAGAGUUCAAAUCAUCAUUCCAAUAAUAUAUAUGGUGAAGAUUUCUCUUGGAGUGGCA